UAGAACUCCGAGCAAGGAGUUUACAGACACUGUUGCGACGCCUUAGGUAGCCCCAGUGUCCUUCUUAGUUGAUCCCCCAAUUCUCUCUCUCUCUCUCUCCGCUGCCGAGAGCUCGAGAUUCAUUAAAAUUUGAGGUUGUUAUUGUCAGGCAAAACCUAGAUCAGAGAGUGGGCGUAGAAAAUUUACUCGUCGGCGCAUGAGGAAGGACCGGACUGGAAUUUCACAAGACGACGAUCGGUCCCCGCCGGCGGAUCUUCGCGGGGCCGAAUCUUCCAACAAGACCCGGAACUGCUGUGGGGUGGGGUCCGUGUCAGGGAGUACUGGGCCGAUUUCCAUGGAGUUCCAGGCCCCGUGCCCGGACCAAGUGCUGGAGAACGUGCUCGAAAACGUGCUCCAGUUCCUCAGCUCCCGGCGGGACCGGAACGCGGCCUCAUUGGUGUGCAAGUCUUGGUGGCGCGUCGAGGCUCUCACCCGAUCCGACCUCUACAUCGGCAACUGCUACUCAGUCUCACCCAGGAGGGCCAUGAGCCGCUUCUCUCGUGUCCAGUCCGUAUCCAUCAAGGGCAGACCGAGGUUCGCGGACUUCAACCUGAUGCCGAUCGAUUGGGGGGCCCACUUCACCCCGUGGGUGACGGCCAUGGCGUCCGCUUAUCCAUGGCUGGAGAAGGUGUACCUGAAGCGCAUGUCCGUCACGGACGACGAUCUGGCCCUCCUCGCCGAGUCCUUCCCCUCCUUCAAAGAGCUCGUUAUCGUCUGCUGCGAUGGCUUCAGUACGAGUGGCCUCGCCAUCGUAGCCAGCGACUGCAGACAACUGAAAGUGCUUGAUCUGAUCGAAUCUGAGGUCACGGAUGAUGAUGUUGAUUGGAUAGCUUGUUUCCCGGAGAGCGGAGCGACUUGUCUGGAGUCGCUGAUUUUUGAUUGCGUUGAAUGCUCAAUUAAUUUUGACGCAUUAGAGAGUCUGGUGGUUAGGUCCCCGUCCUUGAAGAAGCUUAGGUUGAACUGUAAUGUUUCAAUUGGGCAGCUAUGCCGCCUGAUAGUACGAGCUCCGCAGCUCACACACCUUGGAACUGGUUCGUAUAGUUCCCCAGACGACGCAGUUCCGGGUGAACACGCUUCAGACCUUCAAAGUGCCCUUUCUGCUUGCAAAUCCUUAGUUUGUCUCUCAGGAUUCAAGGAAAUGUUGCCAGAUUACUUACCGGCCAUCUACCCUGUCUGUGCUAAUCUUACCUCUCUGAAUUUUAGCUAUGCAAAUAUUCAUUCAGAUCAAAUUAUAUCAGUCAUAUUUCACUGCCACAACCUCCAGGUACUCUGGGUCCUUGAUUCAAUACGAGAUGAAGGACUUCAAGCUGUUGCUUCAACCUGCAAGGACCUGCGUGAACUUCGUGUUUUCCCUCUCGAUGCUCGGGGGGAUAAUGAGGGCCCUGUUUCUGAUGUGGGCCUCCAAGCAAUUUCUGAGGGUUGUAGGAAACUGCGAUCCAUUUUGUAUUUCUGCCAGCAUAUGACAAAUGCAGCAGUGAUAGCCAUGUCAAGGAACUGCCCGGAUCUUGAGGUUUUCCGUCUCUGUAUAAUUGCGCUACAUAGCCCUGACCAUGUGACCGGGAAACCCAUGGAUGAAGGUUUUGGAGCUAUUGUUAUGAACUGUAAGAAGCUAACUCGGCUUGCUGUAUCCGGUUUACUGACUGAUCGAGCUUUUGGUUAUAUUGGAAAAUAUGGGAAAUUGCUUCGAACGCUGUCAGUUGCUUUCGCUGGAGAUAGUGACAUGGGGCUUAAAUAUGUGCUUGAGGGCUGCCCUAGACUGCAAAAGCUUGAGAUCAGAGACAGCCCGUUUGGGGAUGCAGCUUUGCAUUCUGGUUUACAUCACUACUACAACAUGAGAUUCCUCUGGAUGUCGUCAUGUAGGCUAUCUCCCAAAGGUUGUCAGGAGAUUGUUCGAGCAUUGCCCCGUCUGGUGGUGGAAGUAAUCAAGCAUGAUGUUGCAGUGUGCCCAGAUGAUACUGUUGACAUUUUAUACAUGUAUCGGUCUCUUGAAGGACCAAGGGAUGAUGCCCCAAAAGUUGUGACCAUCUUACAAUAAAAGAAGUUGCUUUGGCUGUAAAAUUUAUGGAAAAUUAGGUGGGUGGCUUUUAUACGACCCGCAAGAAGGUCCUUGCAACCCGUCUGCCAAACAAAUGUGAGUGAACCACCGCCAUUCUUGGCUUGAACUGUUGCAGAAGCAUCCAAAGCAGAAGCGAGGCAUGAGACCAUUGUUGAAUUGGUAUGCGUCUGAAUUUUAUGUUUCUUUUGCUUCACGUUCGAUUUAUCAUAAUCAGGGGCUGCCUGAAGAGAAGGGGGUUUUCAAGCUGCAUGUGUAAUUUAGAAUAUGGGAGUUUACCUGUAUCAUAUUAUUUAUUAAGAGAUGGAGAUGGUCAUGAAGAAUUAGACAUUGAGUAAGGUGAAAUUUUGAAGAACUCUUCCAUGCCGCCAGCAGAGAAUCAGGAGCUAGCGUUCACUCUUGAAAAUACUUGGAUCUUUUUUUAUUUUGAUUCAAAUGGUAGCUAGUUUAAGCUGUAGCUGCUGAAAACUAAAUGCCCAAGCGGGCCAAGCUAGUGGAUCUCUCUCUCUCUCUCUCUGAGUAUUUAUUUUUUCUUUAUCUUUUUCAGAUGUGUUGUAGCACCUGAAUGUUAAAUUUUUUAUCGUUCUUGUUA